AGGUCCCGCCCGCGGCGCCGCGGGGCGUGGCGGCCUCUCCCGCGGUGCUGAGGGAGCGACCGGCCGGCCCGGCCCGCACCGGCACCGGCCCCCAGCCCGGCCCCGCGCGGCCCCCGAGGAUGCCGGGGGCGCGGGCGGCGGAGCAGCAGCAGCGCCCCGAGGUGUGGCGGCCGCCGCCGCCCCAGUGACGGCCCCGCCAUGUCGGUGAUGGUGGCGAGGAAGAAGGUGGUUCGGAAAUGGGAGAAGCUGCCGGGCAGGAACACCUUCUGCUGCGACGGCCGCAUCAUGAUGGCCCGGCAGAAGGGCAUCUUCUACCUGACCCUCUUCCUCAUCCUCGGCACCUGCGCCCUCUUCUUCGCCUUCGAGUGCCGGUACCUGGCGGUCCAGCUGUCCCCGGCCAUCCCGGUGUUUGCGGCCGUGCUCUUCCUGUUCGCCAUGGCCACGCUCCUGCGGACGAGCUUCAGCGAUCCUGGCGUGAUCCCGAGGGCCCUGCCCGACGAGGCAGCCUUCAUUGAGAUGGAGAUUGAGGCCACCAACGGGACCGUGCCACAGGGCCAGCGCCCACCUCCGCGGAUCAAGAACUUCCAGAUCAACAACCAGAUAGUGAAGCUCAAGUACUGCUACACGUGCAAGAUCUUCCGUCCACCCCGUGCCUCUCACUGCAGCAUCUGCGACAACUGUGUGGAGCGCUUCGACCAUCACUGUCCCUGGGUGGGCAACUGCGUGGGGAAGAGGAACUACCGCUACUUCUACCUCUUCAUCCUCUCGCUCUCACUCCUCACCAUCUACAUCUUCACCUUCAACAUCGUCUACGUAGCACUGAAAUCUCUGAAGAUUGGGUUUCUGAACACGUUGAAGGAAACCCCAGGGACUGUACUGGAGGUGCUCAUCUGUUUCUUCACCCUGUGGUCGGUGGUGGGGUUAACUGGGUUCCACACCUUCCUGGUGGCACUGAAUCAGACAACCAACGAAGAUAUUAAGGGCUCCUGGACUGGGAAGAACCGUGUGCAGAAUCCCUACAGCCAUGGCAACAUAGUGAAGAACUGCUGCGAGGUGCUCUGUGGGCCUCUGCCCCCCAGCGUCUUGGACAGACGGGGCAUCCUGCAGCAGGAGGAGUGCACAGCUCAGGAGGAGUCGGGGUCCCGGGGUCCCGGCACGGCGCAGGGCCCCGCUGGGCAGGCAGAGGGGAGCAGCACCCAGCAGGACAGCAGCCUUCCUCACCCCCCUGCUGUCCCUGUGCCAUCCCUGGGCACCGCUGAGAUGCCAGAGGAGAAGCAGCUAACGGCUGGGGAGCUCCCGGUCCCAUCCCAGGACGCUGGGCAAGCAGAGCACUAACCUCUGCUUGAAAGGGAGAACUUUCUUGUUUUGUCUAAUCAAAGCUGGAAGUGAUUGAGGAGAGGAGGAGAAGGGCUGGAUGGCAGGCAAAUGAUUCCUCAUGGCCAUUUUGCUUUAGUCAUUACUCACCCCGGCGCGCGGGCGGUGCGGGCGGCGCUGGCCUGGCUCGGUGUCAGAGGAUCAGGAGCACUAGUGGCCGCCUUGGUCACCUGGGGGCACAGGCCACCGCUGAGGCCGGUCUGCCUGCGGGCUGGGGCAGGACCUCUUGCUCCGCAGGUUGUCCUGGAUGCUGAACAGCAGCUGGGUAGCCGGGGCUGUCCCUCCGUCUGGCCCCAACUCUGAGGAGACAACUUGUGGUCCAGCAGCUCAGCAGCGGCGUUAGGGUCGGCCUGCUCCCUGCUGCUGAGGAAUCCUGGUGGGAAGGGGAAAGCAAUGUGUGGCGGUGGCGUCCUCUCUCUCCUCCCUCCUUCCUCUAAUCUGUGGCAUUGUUUUAUUUGUUAACGUGGCAGGGGUUGUCAGGAGACAUUUUGGUGCCAAGAAGGCCAAAACAACCAGGAAGGUGUUCUGCUGGCAA